UGUGACGCGGUGAUUUGACGUGAUGACGUUAAGGAUUUAAGCCCAAGAGGAGGCCACAAGGGGAGGGCGACGUGCCGUUUUCUCUCCCUGUUAAAUGUUGACGCGUUAACGUUAGAGCCCCGCAUUAAAAUGGUGUAGCCGAGCAUCUUGUCACGUGAUUUUGUUCCAAGAUGGCAGCGAUGGUGGCGUCUGGGCUGUCGGCUGAAGCGGACGAGUUCGAGGACGCGCCUGAUGUGGAGCCGCUGGAGCCGACGCUGAGCAACAUUAUCGAGCAACGGAGCCUGAAGUGGAUUUUCGUGGGCGGGAAGGGCGGCGUGGGCAAAACCACUUGCAGUUGUAGCUUAGCUGUACAACUCUCCAAGGUACGUGAGAGUGUCCUCAUCAUCUCUACUGAUCCUGCUCAUAACAUCUCAGAUGCAUUUGACCAGAAAUUUUCCAAGGUUCCCACCAAAGUAAAGGGUUAUGAUAAUCUUUUUGCGAUGGAGAUUGAUCCUAGCUUGGGUGUGGCUGAGCUUCCCGAUGAAUUUUUUGAGGAAGAUAAUAUGCUAAGUAUGGGCAAGAAAAUGAUGCAAGAAGCAAUGAGCGCCUUUCCUGGUAUCGAUGAAGCAAUGAGUUACGCUGAAGUGAUGAGGUUGGUGAAAGGAAUGAAUUUUUCCGUGGUGGUUUUCGACACAGCACCCACGGGACACACAUUACGGCUGCUUAAUUUCCCCACAAUCGUGGAGCGGGGGCUAGGUCGACUGAUGCAAAUAAAGAACCAAAUCAGUCCCUUCAUAUCCCAGAUGUGUAACAUGCUUGGCCUAGGAGACAUGAAUGCUGACCAGCUGGCUUCCAAACUGGAAGAAACACUUCCUGUCAUCCGCUCUGUCAGUGAACAGUUCAAAGAUCCAGAACAAACCACUUUCAUCUGUGUUUGCAUUGCGGAGUUCCUAUCACUGUAUGAAACAGAACGGCUUAUCCAGGAGUUGGCCAAAUGUAAAAUUGACACCCAUAAUAUUAUAGUCAAUCAAUUGGUCUUUCCUGACCCUGACAAGCCUUGCAAGAUGUGUGAGGCUCGGCAUAAAAUCCAGUCUAAAUAUCUUGACCAGAUGGAAGACCUUUAUGAAGACUUUCAUAUUGUAAAGUUGCCACUUUUACCCCAUGAAGUGCGAGGAGCUGAUAAAGUCAAUACCUUUUCAAGUCUUCUACUGGAGCCCUAUAAACCACCCAGUGCAAAAUGAACCCCUAUGGACUGACUCCCCCUAAUUGCCCCCUCUAGCCUUCCAUGCCUGCUCUUCCCUAUUCUUUUCCUGAGGGAAUUCCAUCUUUUCCAUUGUCUUCUCAUCUGUUGAAAUCCUACGACUGAUAGUUUUGCGGUGAAGCUAGAAGAAGCAGAAUUGGCACUCAUGUAACUUUUGUUCUAAUAACUGAUUAUGUAACUCCUUGAGACAUCUCAAAGCCAACUACAAUGUUGAAUCCAUUCCCUUCCUGGACUAACUACCUAAGUUAAAUUUGUGUCAGUUUUUUGUUUAUUUCUCUGUCACUUGGUUUCUUUCUGGAUCAUAUCUCUUGGGAUUAAUGAUGUUCUGAUUGAGGUGCCAGUCAGGUGUUAUGUUGAUGAUACAGAAGCUGUCAGUUCAUUUACAACAUCAGGAACACCAGUGCUGAUGGGAAGUUUGUAAAUUGUAAGGGAAAUAAUUUCAGUGCUUCUUAUCACUCAAAACUCUGAUUUUCAUUGGGUAGUGUCAGAAGAACAAGGCAAAACAUGGAAGCUAUUUGAGAAGGGGAUGCUUAUUUUAGGGGAGUAUAAAGCCACUGAGCUUAAAUUAUUUGUUUCCUUAAUGUUAACAAAAGUAUUAAUGAUGAGGUGGUUUUAUUGGCUUUCUGAUGCUGGAAAUCAUAAGUGUGGAAAAUGAUUUAAAAUGGGGAAGGGAAUAGAGGGGUUUGGAAUUUAACAAAUUAUAGGUGUGUUUAAAAUAUUUCGGUAUAUGUACAGAUCAUUUUCUAGUCCCCAGUUCCCUCACUCAAAGAAAACUCUUGGUAUUAAAAUGUCAGUGUAUGCACUAUUUAUGAAGUUCAUAUGUGUUUGUGUGCUGAAAUAUAAAAGGAAAGAGAGUGUAAAUUGGAAUAAAGCAGUUCAUGGUAGA